AUGGCUCACAGACUCUGCUUCUCCUACUGGUCACUGGUCUGCUGGUUGGUGGUAACUGUGGCAGAAGGACAAGAAGAGGUUGUCACCCCACCAGGAGGCUCACAAAAUAACAUAAACCCUACAGACUGCCAGAUCUUCACGCUCACCCCUCCGCCCACCACGAGGAAUCCGUCAACAAGGGUCCCGCCCAUUCCAAGGACACCCAGAUAUUUCCUCGGAAGAAAUCUCCAGACCGAAAGCUCAUCCGAGGAGAGCAGAGAGAAAAGAGAAGCCUAA